AAAGAGGAGAGAGAUUAGAGAGAGAGAGAGAGAGAGGAGAGGAGAAUAAAUGGGGAGGGGAGUGAGUUAUUCAUAUUCCGCUAUUCUUGUUCUCGUGCUAUACUCGUUGUUGCUCGUCUCGAAUCGGUCGCUAGGGUUUCGCGGAGGAGACGAAGGAGAAGCAAAAGGAGAAGGAGAGGGCGCGAUCGCCAUGGCCACGUUGGGAGGAGUUCGCGAAUCGGCGGGGACCGAGAACAGCGUCGAGGUCGAGGAGCUCGCUCGAUUCGCCGUGGAGGAGCACAACAAGAAGGAGAAUGCCCUUCUUGAGUUCGGCCGUGUGGUGAAGGCGAAAGAGCAGGUGGUUGCAGGAACGCUUCACCACCUGACGGUGGAGGCGAUUGAUGCCGGGAAGAAGAAGCUCUAUGAGGCGAAAGUGUGGGUGAAGCCAUGGCUUAACUUCAAGGAGCUUCAGGAGUUUAGGCAUGCCGGCGAUUCGCCCUCUUUCACCGCUGCUGAUCUUGGUGCUAAGCGAGGUGGGCAUGAAUCUGGAUGGCGUGAUAUCCCCGCACAUGAUCCGGUGGUCAAGGAUGCAGCAAACCACGCAGUCAAGACCAUCCAGCAGAGGUCUAACUCCCUGACCCCGUAUGAACUGCUUGAAAUCCUUCAUGCAAAGGCUGAGGUGAUCGAGGAGCUUGCUAAGUUUGACAUGCUUCUAAAACUAAAGAGAGGAAACAAGGAGGAGAAGUUCAAGGUAGAGGUACACAAGAAGCUAGAAGGCACUUUUGAUUUGAACCACGUCCAGCAGGAGCAUUAAGACUCUGCGAGUCAGUGAGGCGGGAUUGUUGGGCUAGUUCUAUCUGGUGUGGCGGAAAACGCUUUCAGACUUGUUGCUAAUUAACUAAUAAAAUGUAUGCUCGCUUUACCUGUCUGGUGACAUGAACUUUUUGAGUGAUUUGCUUCCCUUUAACUUGAGAGCGUGUAAUAAUUGUGUUAAUAGGUAUACGCCUGUGCGAUGCGAGUGAAGCUUGUUUUGGUUUGUCUUGGUUUGAUAUCCUGUAAAGCGAAGUGUUUACCUUGUUAUCUGAGGUGGCUAUGGUUUCUCUACUUUGUUUUA